UUCUGAAGCUAAGGAAUGGGGAUAGUUGAUGUCUGUCCCAUGGACUGGGUACACCAGUGGGCCUGACUUGAAAUGGGAGAAUGUUAUAGCAAGAAAUCUGUGGCCCCAGGGCCUGAAACCCCAGAGAGAAUCAGCACCAGGUCUGCAAGUUCAGAGUCAAAUAUACAACAGAGAAACAAAAAACCGAAGGAGUCCCUGGAAACCAGACAGAUGGCAUUUACUUUGGCUCAACUCGAGGCCUUGGAGAUUUGCCUGAAGGAAGCAGAAGAAAAGGCUAAAUCCUUAUCUGAACAGCUUGCAGCCUCUGAAGGAACAAAAUCCAAACUGCUUGAGCAAGUUUCCUGGCUGGAGGAAAAACUAGGGACUCUGGACCAUAAGGAAGACAGUGGGGAGCCGUACAAAAAAAUGGUUCUUGCAAAAGACCAGCGCAUUGAGAAAUUACAAGCUGAAGUGAAAGCUUCCCAAGAGCAACUUACAGCUCAUAAACUAAAGCACAAAAGGAAACUGAAAAAGCUGCAAACGGAUUUGGCAACAGCUAAGCAAGAGGCUGCCAUCACAGUCCUGGAGCUCAAUGAGAAGAUAAGGAUGCUAUGUGAAGGGAAGCCAGCCCCUAGAGAAGACAACUCUCAGGAAGAGUCCUGUGGGGGUCUCCCGCCUGUUGAAGAAGGUGAUCGAAAAAUUAACCUGAUCAUGGAGUUGUCGACGCAGGUUUCCCUUCAGACUGAGAAGAUCACCCAGCUGGAAGAUGUUUUAGAGGAAAAGGAAAGGAAAAUUCAGCAGCUGGAAGCUGAGCAGGGAUCCCAGCCCUUCCAAGAGGCUGAGGACUCUCCAGAAUGUUAAGAAGCCCCGAUUUCCUUUAAUAAUAUUGUCACCCCUGUGGUCUCUGAUGAAGAUAUGUAAGGAUUCUCAGUAAGAAAAUAAUAAAUAUU